UUUCAGAUGACGUUGAAUAUUUAUCCUCGACUACUGAUCUUCAUCCUAUUCACAAUUUAUGGAGUAAACGGCGUUGCUAAGUUUGAAGUUACAUCGAUCUCGGACAGCAGUUUAGUCAUAAAAAUGGUCGAAGCUGGGAAUGUGACAAAUUUUGACAUCACCGUUCAAAUAUUCGAUCUUUCGAAGCAAAAACUGUUCAGGAGAACACAGUUGGAUCAUGUCAAAAAUGAUCAGCUCCUCUCGUUCGAUGGUUUGAAGCCUGACACAUGGUUUGCUGUACGUGUAGAAUACCGGCUUAACUUUGCUGACGACGCAGCUGACAACGCAUUGAGAAUGACAAAACAGGAAAUGGUCGUGAAAACAAAAAAGACCCCUCGUGAUGAUCCAAAGAAAAUUGAGCAAAUGGUAGCAUUCAUCGAUGAUCUGUUUGUAACAAAAGAUAAUAUUUAUAUCGGUGUUGGAUCAGUUUUCAAAGAAAUAAAAAAGAUUUCAACGGUCAUUGUUCCGGAAUUAAGAUGCUCAAAGGGAGUGUUGAGUCCAGUGUCACAACAAGUUAUCCAGCAUGCUUCAUUUCAUUUUGAUUUAUCAAAACUUCCAAAAGAAGAUAGAAAGUGUAGCACGAUUUGCGUAUUCCCAUAUCUAAGGAUUUUAACGGAAAAUGCUGUAACUGAAACAUUCCGAGCGAAAGAAUGGUGUGGAAGUGCAGAUGAAGCUCGACAUUUGCUCACUAGUCAAGUUCCACAUAUAAACGUUUCAUCAAUACUUCUUAUAUUGUCCUCAUUGACUGUAUUUUUCUAGAUCUUAUUUUUGUUACACGUAUUCUUUGCAUAACAUUCCACGUGUUUUCUCUCACCUUGACCACUUCCGCUCUCACUUUGUAUUACGGGUUUUGAUGUUCACAACUUGAUACUAAACAUGUAAAUUUUUUUAAUUAAAACGUUUAUUU